CCCUCUGCCAUCCCAUUCCUCGUCGUCACCUACUCAUUCCUCUGAGUCCGUGGCCGGUCCAGGAUGCAUGACAACAGCCGGUCUCUCCUCCUGAACCGGACUGGAAGCUUCCGGGCCGAGACGCUGGGCCAGACCGCCCUCUUCGUCGUCGGCAACCUCUGCUUCGCCCUCUUCGUCGUCGGCGUCCUCGCCUUCACUAUCAUCGCCGCCACCUACCGCGCGGACGAUCCCCUCCUCCUUCCCCCCUCCUCUUCUGCCUCCUCCGCCAAGCUCACCGCAUUCCUCACCUCAUCUACCAACGCCACCUUCCGUCCCGACGACGCCCCCCUCCGCACCGGCGAGGACUUCCUCAACUCCUCCACCUCCUCCGCCUCCCCCGAUGAUGCCGCCGUCAUCCACCUUGCCGAUCUCCCCAACUCCAACAGUUCUUCCUCCGCCGCAUCUGGCGGUACUGACUGCGACGCCGCCGCCCCCAUCAACUGCGCCGAUCCGGAUGUCUUCCACCUGAUGAUGCGCGCCACCAUCGAGUCUUUCCGCGACGUCCACUUCUAUCGCUUCGGCAAGCCGGUGCGCGGCGGCGACGGUGGCGGUUCCUGCGACAUGGCCUGGCGGUUCCACCCCAAGGACGCCAAGCGGGCCGGCUUCUACAAGGACUACCGCCGGUUCGAGAUCGCACGGUCCCCCAGCUGCACCUAUUCCAUCGUCAAGAUCGGCGACUACCACACCGGCGUGAAUGCCCGCAAGAAGAAGAAGCAGCGGAAGGGCGACCACGACGCCACUGGCGAAUUUGUGUCGAAGAAGACCCCCUCCUCCUCAUCUCGGGCCUCGGACGUGCUAGUCGUUCCCGUGGUCGGCGAGGCCGUGAACGACACCCUUCCUGUGGUCGAGUCCGAGAGCAAGUUCAGCAGUAGCAGGUACCUGAUCUACUCUGGCGGUGGCGACCGGUGCAAGAGCAUGAACCAUUACCUGUGGAGCUUCCUCUGCGCCCUCGGUGAAGCCCAGUACCUGAAUCGGACCCUCGUCAUGGAUCUCACCGUUUGCCUCUCCUCCAAGUAUUCGACCACGAACCAGGACGAGGAGGGGAAGGACUUCAGAUUCUACUUCGAUUUCGAGCACUUGAGGGACUCCGCCUCCGUGCUCGACCAGCGCCAAUUCUGGAACGAUUGGGCCUUGUGGCAGAAGAAGGACAGGCUCAGCCUCCACCUCGUCGAGGACUUCCGUGUCACGCCGAUGAAGCUCACCAUGGUGAAGGACACUCUGAUCAUGCGCAAGUUCGGGGCCGUGGAGCCGGACAACUACUGGUACAGGGUCUGCGAGGGGGAGACGGAGUCGGUGAUCCAGCGGCCGUGGCACCUCCUCUGGAAAUCCCGCCGCUUGAUGGAUAUAGUCUCUGGCAUUGCCUCAAGAUUGAACUGGGAUUUCGAUUCAGUCCACGUCGUGAGGGGGGAGAAGGCGAGGAACACCAAGCUCUGGCCUAACUUGGCCGCGGACACCUCGCCGGAGGCCUUGCUGUCGACCCUCAGGGACAAGAUCGAGGAUCGAAGGCACCUGUACAUCGCCACCGAGGAGUCUGAUACCUCCUUCUUUGAUCCCCUGAAGGAGAAGUAUACUACUCAUUUUCUGGACGAUUUCAAAGACUUGUGGGACAAGAACAGCGAGUGGUAUGACGAGACAAAGAAGCUCAACAAUGGGAUUCCGGUGGAGUUCGACGGCUACAUGAGGGGGGAGGUUGACACGGAGGUGUUCUUGAGGGCUAAGAAGCAGCUGGAGACCUUCAAUGAUCUCACCGGUGAUUGCAAGGAUGGGGGCAAUACUUGUCGCUCAACUUCCUGAAUGGUUUGCGGGAUCAGAUGAUGUGUUCCCAUGUUAGCUGAUUCAAAUUUGUAAGCUCAAGGUACGUUACAUCUCAUCGUAUGUUAGGUUAUGCCAUGCCUUUGGUACUGGUUAGCUUUAGUUUGUCUCCAAAAUGUUGUGCAUCAAGAUCACAUUUUUUUGUUCAAAUUUUGUUGAGAUCUUGAAGAGUUUUGCAAUUUUGCUUGAUUUGUUGUUAGUCCCAAAGUACAUUAGAUCUCAUAAUCAAAAUGUUCUGCAUCAAAAUCACAGCUUUCUUUCAAUGAAGAUUCAUCGAGUUCUUAUCACACACAGAAUCAUAAAGCUCUUGCGUGCUUCUGAUUAGGAUGCAUUAAUAGGAUGAACCACUUGCAUGUAGUAACUUAAUCAUCCACUUUAGUGAUGGCUUGUUUUUGUAGUCAUCAAGAUCACAUUUUUUUGUUCAACUUUUGUUGAGAUCUCUAAGAGUUUUGCAAUUUUUGCUUGAUUUGUUGUGUCUCAAAGUACAUUAGAUCUCAUUAUCUAAAAUGUUCUGCAUCAAGAUCACAGCUUUCUUUCAGUGCAGAUUCAUUGAGUUCUUAUCACACGCAGAAUGAUAAAACUCGUGUGCUUCUGAUUAGGAUGCAUUAAUAGGACGAACCACUUGCAUGUAGUAACUUAAUCAUCCACUUCAGGGAUGGCUUGUUUUUGUAGUCACUUCACCAUCUGGUAAAUUUCAAUCUUGUAUAAACUCCCAUGGAACAUCAGGCACUUUCAUUUGUGUGAUUAGUAGGCAUGCUUCCUCUUAUUACUAUCAAUAGAUCUUGAAUGCAUUAUCUGGAAGUAUGUUGAAUGGUUUUGACAUGAUAAAAAUGCCUUAACAUACACCCUUCAAUAAAACCAAUGUUUUUGAGCAAUUUAGAUCGACUUAGGCUAUGCGGCACGCUUGCAGCAUAGGUGAUUGCAAAGGAUCAGCCGUUCCAAUAACCUCUUAUAGCCCAAUAAGGACCUGCACAGAAAGAAAUUGGGUUAGUGAUGAACAAAUGUCGUUCUAUCAAGCAUGAAUAUCGAGAUCACAUAAGUAGACCAAAACACAAACACUUUAUUGGCACUACAAGUCUAGACAACUUGAUAACCUUUGGAUGGUCGCCGGACAAGGGAUCUGGGGUUCAUUCAUGGCAUGUGUCACAUGCGUCACAGCCUUAUGUACGCCUGCAACUUGAGUUGUGUGAUUGAGAGUUCUUGUUAUUUGACUGUUAAACACCAAUUCGGAUUCUUUGCUUGCUCUCUCUGUAUCUCCAUGAUCUGUUCAUGAAAUAUUUCAAGGAAACAAGCCUUAGGCAAAACUGGCAUUUCCUUUCUAGCUCAAUGUUUUUUGCAUUUAGCUUUGAUGCCAGAUUAGCUUUAGUAAUACUAUUCAUUGAAGGUGAAAGUUAAAUUCUAGUGACUUGCGUUUUUCAUCACUAUGGCUACAGAAAUAGCUUUGUCAUCUCCCAUGAAGUACUGGAACUCUUAGCUGCUUUACAUAUCCACACAUUGGACUCUUAAAUUUAUUACGAUUCAGGUCAUUCUGCUCCUAAGUAUACUUGUAUAAGAUUCGGUCAAAAUUAUGCAUGAUUGGAUAGAAACCCACUUUUCUCUUUGCUUGCAAUUAGAUGUUUUAUACACUACAGUUGACUCAUAAGCCUGUAAUUAGAUGUGAUUUAGAUCUUUUGUGGAUUACCAGAGUAUUUGCUUCAGAUGAGUAAGAAUCACUAGAACUUCAUAUUUUCUAGUUUAAGAGGAGAUUGUUUUUACCUUCU